AUGGAAACUUUAUUCAUUAAAAUUGAAAACUUAAAGGAGGAGAAUGAAACUGAAGAAGAAACUAAUUUAAAUAUUGAUGAAGAUGACAUGUUUCGUGACAUUAACUCAAUUUAUGAUCAAAUGAAUGAAGAUUGUUCAAGUCGUAGUGAAAAAAAUGUGAAAUUGUUUCCAAAAUGUGAAAUUUGUGAUCGUAGUUUUGCCCAACAAAGUAGUUUAAAUCGACAUAAACGAACACAUACGGGAGUGAAACCUCAUAAACAACGACAUUUCGAAGAAUUUCCAUGUUUAUGGAAAUCAUUUUCAAGUGCAAGUUUGAGACCAUUUCUAUGUGAUAUUUGUAAUAAAACAUUUACACAGAAAUCUCAUUUAAUUCGACAUAAACGUAUUCAUACGGGUGAGAAACCAUUUAGAUGUGACUUUUGUGAGAAAAGAUUUACGCAGAAACAGGAGUUAAUUAAACAUGAACGAACGCAUACGGGAGAAAGACCUUAUUCGUGUGACUUGUGUGAUAAAACAUUUAAUCGUAAACAUCAUUUAAUUAGUCAUCAACAAGUUCACACGGGGGAAAAACCAUUUUCUUGUGAUGAAAUUACGGAGUAUUUUGCUAUGGGAAUGACAAGUUCUUGA